AGCGACAGUUGCAGAGUAAUAUAAGCUGACUCCUUCGUCAGUCCUGUAUGUGCUACUUGUAUACUAUAAAUAUGAGGUAGAAUGGAAAUCAACCAUUAGAAAGUUUAAGUGGAGGGCAAUUGUUAAUUAUUCAGGGACAUGACUAACUAUCCCCAUCACAUGGAGAGUUUAGGACAGCACAUGGAAAAGAAUACAUUGCAUGCAUUUAUUUCAUCAGAUUGAUAUGUGGAAAUGGUUACCUGUAUAACAAUUUGCAAUUAAAUCAAGGUCACAUUUUGUUAAAAAAGACAAACAAAUUAAAAUGGUUGAAGAGAAAUUAGAUCUAACCAAUAUGGAGAAUGAUUUUGUCUCUUCAUCAAAAAAUGGUCAAGAAAUGGAGCUGAUAUUUAACCAUGUAAAUGUGACCAUCAACAAAAGGCAGAUUCUGAAAGAUGUAUCUGGUAUUGCUAAAGCUGGUUGUUUAACUGCUAUAAUGGGACCAAGUGGAGGUGGGAAAACUACACUGUUAAAUACACUAGCAGGAAGAUUUCCAUAUACAUCAGGGGAGAUAACUCUGAAUGGUUGUUCUGUCUCCAAAUCAAUGAGAAGAAAAGUGUGUUAUGUGCUACAGCAGGAUGUUUUCUUCCCAAAUUUAACUCUAAGAGAAACUUUGUCAUUUACUGCAAUGAUCCGCCUGCCAGACAACAUGCCAAAGAUAGAGAAGGAAAGAAGAAUGGAACAACUGAUAGAUGACCUUGACCUCAGAAAAUGUUUAGACACAAUUAUUGGAGAUGUUUGGCUGAGAGGACUAUCUGGUGGAGAGAAGAAAAGAGCUAACAUUGCCUGUGAAUUAAUAACUGACCCUGUAAUGAUACUAUUAGAUGAACCAACAUCAGGUUUGGAUUACAGUACAGCCUUUGGUUUGAUACAAGGAUUGAAGACAUAUGCCAAGGACCACAAUAAAACUGUUGUCACAACCAUACACCAGCCAUCCAGUUUUAUUUUCUAUCAGUUUGACAAUCUUUUACUGCUAUCUGAUGGAGAGGUUGCUUAUUUUGGGAAGACAGCAGAAGUCAUAGAUUUCUUCAGCAAUGCAGGAUUCCCUAUGGAGCCUCAUUAUAAUCCAGCAGAUUUCAUUUUAGAGAAAUUGAAAGAAGAUGAUAAUACAAGACAACAGAUUGUUAAUGCUGCAUACAAGCUAAGAAAAACAGAUUCCUGGCCAGAAGAACUGAAAACUUCUAGAAUUGUCCCAGGGAAUAUGACUGAUGAACAGAAAAAGUAUCAAAAAGUGAAACAGAAAAAUGACAGUGAAUCCUAUGAAUCAGACAGUGUUCACAUAAGUUUAAUGGAGAUUCCUGAAUCUGAUCAAGUUGAGCCAAAUUUUAAUGAUCCAAAAUGGCCGACUGGAUUUAUUACACAGUACGCACAGCUGACCAUUAGAACAUUUAGACAAUCAAAAGCUCUUAUAUUCAACAAGUUCAAGAUUAUAGAGACUGUAGUGAUGACUGUAUUGUUAAGUUUGAUAUGGUUUCAGUUACCAAGGAUAGAGGAAACACUUCGUGACAGGAUGGGUGUGAUAUUUUACCUUGGGAUGACCUUUGGAUUCACACCAUUGUUUGAUACCAUCACUUCUUUUCCUUCAGAAAGAAUGGUUAUUAACAAGGAAAGAUCAGCUGGAUGGUACAGAUUGUCAGCCUAUUACCUUGCCAAAAUGACCAGUGAAAUUCCAUUGAUACUCAUACAGCCAAUAUUGUUCAUUACUGUUGUGUAUUGGUGUGUAGGACUUAAUGGUGUAGCUGCUUUCUUUGCCACUAUAGGGACUUUGAUCAUUCAUGCUAUUGCUGGCCAGAGUAUAGGUUUAUUCCUUGGAAUAGUUUGCAUGGAUAUAAGAAAAGGAAUGAGUUUAGCUACUGUAUGCAUCAUGGGAAUUAUGUUAUUAGGAGGAUUUUAUACUCGUAGCUUGCCACCAUGGUUGAGUUGGAUAAAAUAUAUAUCAUUCCUGAAUUAUACAUUUAAUUGUUUAUUAUAUCUGGAAUUCCAUAAUAGUGCACCAUUCUUGUGUGCUGCCUCAGCCAAUAAUAUAUCUGGAUCCCACUUUACCACAUGCUUACAGUCCAAUACAACGAUGAUUCCAUCAGAGGAUAUACUAAAAUACUACAACAUUGAUUGGGAGUACUGGCAAUACUUAAUGCCUCUGUUUAUAUAUAUUGUUGUGUUUAGGAUUGCAGGGUACUUAGUACUUAGAUUUAUACAGAAACCACAUUGACACUUGAAUCAUUGUUAUAAUGCAACAUUCCAUUUAUCAUAGAAGUUAUUUACUCAAUAAGCUUUUAUUUUUGUGUUCAGAGCUUCUAAUACUCAAGAUAUCAACUACAUUUAUUUAUUUUUUUUAAUGAAUGUGUUAAGGUAGCACUACAGUCUAACAAUGAUUUUUUGAAGAUAUUUUUUUUAUCACAUAAUUUUGAAUUAAGUAUUAUUCUGCACAGUUUGUAAAAAUCCCAAAGUCAUUAUCAUAUCACAACAGGGAGUAAAUUAAUAAUGAACUUAUGUAAAUAAAAGCACAUGGUAAUUAAUCUAAAUAUAUAGGCAUUUGGGAGGGGCUAAUAUGUCAAUCAUCUGUUGAUACCAGUGUCCAGCUGUUAGUCCCCGACCACAAGAUAAAUAUUGUGGUCUUAUCUCAUUGUAUUGCAACAAAAGUAGUUUUUAAACAGAGAAAAAGAAAAAGAUAUGAAAAGGAAAGGAAAAAAUCUACAGGGAAGAAAUCUACCAAAAAUGAAAAAAAAAUAUGGAAAAGAGUGUGAAAGUAUCUUUGAAAGCCCCUGACUGCCUGUAUAAAUUUCUUCUAUUUGGUCUUCUACAUUUAAAUACAGUUUUAGGCAUUUUAACCAAUUUUAAGUUUAUGUGAAAUUUUUCUUUCAAUUCCAUAAAACUCAAAAAUCAUGUGGGAUUGUCUUUUUUUAAAGAAGGGGAUGGUCUUGGAUCUUUUUAUGAACAUGUCUUUUGAUGCACAAUAUUAAUGUUCUAGUCAAUUUCAGUAAUAGUAUAUUUCUUUUUAAAAUCAAAUGAAAAUUUUUCUUUAUAGUGAGAAUAAUGAUGUUAAAUAUUGAUUAUAUGCAGCUGGUCAAUCCUGUUAUUCUCUUAUCUUAGACUGUCUGGACAUAGGCGGAGCUUUGUCUAUAUUUAAUUACUACAUCACAGAUGUUGGUCAAAUCUGUGACGUCAAACUCCCGCCAAAUGCCAAGAUGUGUUGCACAGUGCCACACAUAAUGCAAAAUUUACAGCAUCAGAGCAUCAAAGACACAAAUAUAUGGUUCUAUUGAUAAAGUAAUGGUGUCAGAACACUCCUGGGGUGUUCCUAGUGGGAUUUUUGUAUUUAUGUUGCAUUUAUAGGGGUUCUGUUUUUAGGUCAUUUCUCAGAACAAUUUUUCAUGAGAUUUGUUAGGAAAAAAUGAAAAUAUAAACUUUAUGGGUACCCCCUUUGGUUUGACUUUGAUAUAUGUGAUUAAAGGGAGUAUUUUCUACAAUACUGUGUCCCAGUUUUUGGAUAAUUUGUUUCUAAAUAAAUUUAUAGGUCUCCAAAGAUGAAAGGUGAUAUGAGGUUUGGCACCUAGCAGUUAAAUCAAUAUAUCUUCUUACUGGGGGCAUAUAUCAAAAAUCUGAGACACGGUUUUGUAGCUUGUAUAUGGUUGAUUAAAGGGAUAAACAUGUUUAACCCCGCCGCAUUUUUGCCCCUGUCCCAAGUCAGGAGCCUCUAGCCUUUGUCAGUCUUGUAUUAUUUUUAAUUUUAGUUUCUUGUGUACAAUUUGGAGUUUAGUAUGGCGUUGGUGACCUUCUGCUGUUGUCUGUUCUAUGGUCGGGUUGUUGUCUCUUUGACACAUUCCCCAUUUCCAUUCUCAAUUUUAUGAAAACAAAUUUUUACUACCAUUUGACCUGAAUGUGCCAUUUUCAUCCAAGUUGGAAGACCACUUUUUUGGCAAUUAAUGAGCUAUAUUUUGAGAUUUAUCAUACCAAAAAUAAAUUUAUCUGUAGAUUAAGAAAGAGUAAUAUUUCAGCUUUAAAAUGAGUUUUAAAAGAUUUAAAAAAUCCAUUGAGUAGUUUUGGAGAAAUUAAUCUUUAAAGACUGUUGGUUGAAGUCAGAAAAUUCUGACUGUAGUGCUACCUUAAUGGGACAAAUUCAUGUAUCAAUAUCAUAUGUUAAGAUUGUGGUAAUUAGUCCAUAAUUCCAUCUGAAAAGGCAAAAUUUAUUUUAAGAAAAGAACCACAUUUCUUAAUAACAUUCUGUUCUUGGUAUCCAUUAUGACCACAAUCAAGAUUACUUUCCAUUUUUAUUUCCAAUAAUGACCAGACCUAACAGUACUUCUUGAUAGACUGACAGUAACACAGUUCUUUUUGAUACACAGGCAGUGUUAUCAUUCCUUGACAAAUACCGUAGGUUUUUAGACCACUGUACUUUGUACUUGACCUUAUACAUAAAUUCCUUGUGAUUAUCUUUUUAUUUUUUCAGAUAUGAAACAUAGGUGUGACUCUAUUGGUAUCACCAUCUUACACAAUUCAUUGUAGACUGCUACAGUUAUUAGAUAAGUUAUGAUCAGCUAUGUUUCGUGAAAUACCUUGAUACUUGUUAUUUAUUGGUUGCCCUAGUACAUGAAUAUAUAUAAAAUCUUAGACCAAUUAAAGUCAACAUCAAAUGACUUGACAUAUCUGGACCAUGUGUUGUUUGCUGCUGUUUGUCUUUGUUUUAUUCCAGAUUUUGUUGUUGUAUUUCUUUGUUUUUAUUCUUAAUUUAUUUUCAUUAGUGUUUUUCAUUGUUUUUAUUCCUAUUUUUUGGUGUUGUUUUUCUUUGUUUUUUUUCCUAUUGUUUGUUGAUGUUUUUCUUUUUCUCCCAUGUUUUUUGUUUUUGUUGCUGUUUGUCUUUGUUUUAUUCCAAUUUUUUGGAGGAGUUUUAUGUUUGUGCUAGGUGUAGUCUGAUGUGCUAUUAAAUAUUAUUGGUGAAUACUUUUAUCUUUUUUAUUUAUUAUAUUACUUUUUACUUUGAUCAAUUCUUUGGCUUUUGAAUUGGGUAUGUAGAUGACGAUUAACCUAUGAAAACUUUGAUAUUUGAAAUGCCAAUAUAUUAUCUGAAUUUCAUUUUAUUGAAAAUUAUGAGACUCUGCUUGGUACUCGAGUUGAACUGAAUUUAAUGUAAUGACAUUGUUCAAUGACCAACUUUCUUAUAAGAUUACUUCAAGAAGUACUUGGUGAUAUCUAUUAUUAUGUGUUUUCAAUAAAUAACAGUUCAUCGAAUUCAUUUUUUAGUUUAGCUGCAAAGCAGUUGAAGCAUAUUUCUGUGUAAAAGGCGUUUUUUAUAUUUUUGUAUUCAAUGUAAAAAUAUUAUAAAUGUCAUGCUGCCCAUCAAGGGCCCUUAAUUGGAACAAUAGAUUUUCUUAUUCUUAUUCUUAUUCUUCUUAUUCAUUAAAACUCAGUUGUGCCUUAUUGUAAUAGUAUGUAAUUUAUUGUAAUAGGAAAGCUUAUGAUUAAUCUCAUUAUUUAUUUGUUUUUAUUUCUAUUCAAGUCUGCAAUGUAUUUAAUACUCAGAUGUGAUCAAAAGUUAGUCUGAAUUGUGGUUCAGAUUUGAACUUGAUGCUGAACCUAGAUCUUUAUUUAAUGUCAGUCAAAUAUUUAUAAAAUUACAACUUACAACUACUGUAAAUGCCUUAUGUCACAAAGGGUGCAAUACAAUUAUUGAAUUGGUCUACCAUAACUCUGUGAUUAUAAUUUUAAAAGUAAUCACUUGAAAGUUACUUAUGUUGUCCAAAGUUAUAAGCAUGCACUGCUUCAAGAGAUUAUGAUAUCAUCCAUUUUUGUUGCUGAAUUUGUUUCUUUGUUUUUUACUUUGAUUUACCUAUAAACAUGUUUUCAACCAUUGAGAUUAUUUAUUUGUCUUUUGUGUUUUACAAGAAUUGAAAACUAAAUCCAAAUGAUAAAUUAUGUCAUUUUUAACUGUAUGUGAAGAAUUAUAAAAUAUCUUAACAUUUUUUCCAACAAAACUUGACAAAAAGUCCAUAAAGCAAUAUCUAAUAUUGUCUUACAUAUUUUGGAGCCAUAGUUUCUUUACAUUUUUUAACCCCUGCCACUGCCACUUAGUGGCAGGGGCAUAUAGUGCUACCUGUGUUCGUCCUUAAGUCCUUCUGAACUCAAACUUGUCCAGACAUUUUUUUUAUUAUGCCUGCAGACAUUGAUCUAAGUUUGGUACAUUAGUGUAAAAUGAUUACUUGCACAUUUUAGUUUGUUUUUCGUUCAGAUUUACCAAAUUUUAGCAGAAAAAAGAUGUAAAAAUGUUCAUGAACAUUUUACAUGCCUAGAUUUUAUUUUAAUAAAUCCAGAUCUUGAGAAGAUGUUUGGUACAUUAGUAUCAAAUGAUGAAUUACAGAUUGAAUUUGUGUUUUGUUCUGGUUGACUGACUUUUGGCAGACUUACAGCUGAAUUUUUGUGAUAAGGCUGCAAGCAGGGGCAUAAGUGUUUUACCUGUACAUCUAACUGUUAUUCUGCAUCAUAGUCAUAGCAUAUUUUUUUUUAUUCUAAUGUUGAAAUGUUUUUAAAAGUUACUAUUUUAGCUUUAAAAAAUGCAGACAGUUGUUGUUAGCUCAUCAUAACCAAGUUAUAAGAUUUUACUGCUGCAGUGCUUUUGUUUACAUUGUUGUUUGUAUUUUUUAAUUAUUUUAGAAUUAUUUUUAGAUUCUUGUAACAAAAUACUACAGUUAUAAUUAACAAGGAUUACAUAUUGCAUAACAAUUUAAUACUCAGUUUUAUUGGGUAGGUUUUAUCUAUGUUUUAGAUGUUUGUUUUAAUUUAUUGCUUGAGUUGACUUGUUUUUUGUUGUUUGUUUUGAUGUUUAUUUAGCACUGUUGAAAUCUGAUAGUGUCAGUUUAAGUUAGUUGCUAAACAAAUAGAUAAAAUAUAAAGGGUUUAUAACAUUGACAAAAUAUAUGUGCUUUUAACAGUAAUGAUAUCAGCAUUUAAUGCUAUAUACUAAUCAAUUGUUUCUCUAUGUAAUGAUGAUAUAUAAAGUUCUUUUAUUGUACUUAUUCAAGCGGCUUUCUCCUUUUAAAAUUUCUAUUGGCCAUAUUUCUUUACGACAUGCAUCUUAAAUUCAUUUCUUCAAACUAAUUUACUGUUGAAAUUUUUUUGCCCAUUGCUAUCGAAAGGUUCUCAGAUUAAAGCUAGUGCAGUGUGAGGCAAAUAUUCUUACCAUUCAUUGUAACAAUUUACUUUGGGUUAUAUGAAAAGUUUGAAAAAGAUCAAGUACCUAGGGACCUAGGGAUCAGGGCACAAGUAUGAAAAAAGGUUUUCCUUUGAUACCAACUUGAUACUAAUUUAUGUUGAAAUAUUUUAAAACAGAAAAGCUAGAUUAACAAGCACAUUUGAAAAGUUUAAAUUUAAUUUCUCAUUCUCAAACACAUGGCUACUACUUUUAUAUCAUUUAAAAUAUUUUAUGAUUUUUGCCUUGUCGCUGACAAAAGUUGCAGAAUGCCAGACAUAGGGAUUGCUUUUCCAGCGACGACAGCAUCAACAAUUGUUAAAUUUUCUGCUUAAGUUAGUUUAAUAGGAACUACUUGUGAUAGAUCAUUGAUAUUUUAUACAAAGUUGCAUUACUAUUAGUACAUAUCAGAGUAACCACUAUUUUGAAGCCCUGCCACCUAGGUUAUGGUUCACCGACUUUCAAUUAAUUAUCAAUUUUCAAUGUUAAGUUUUCUGCUUAAGUUAGUUUGAUAGGAUCUACUUGUAAUAGAUCAAUGAUAUUUUGUAUAAAGUUGCAUAACUAUCAGUACAUAUCAGUUUGACGUCUAUUUCGAGGCCCUGCCCCCUAGGUAUUGGUUCAGCGACUUUCAAUUAAUAAGCAAUUUUUAAUGUUAAGUUUUCUGCUUAAGUCAAUUUGAUAAGAACUUCUUAAAAAUAGACAACGAUAUUUUCUAUAAAGUUACAUUACUGUCUUUACAUCUCAGUUUGUCGACCAUUUACAGGCCCUGCCCACUAGAUCAUGGUCCAGCGACUUUGAAUUAAUAAGCAAUAAUGCUGUCCAUCAGAUUGUCUUUUUCUAAAUUUUAUGCAGACAGGUGAGACAUAUCUCUGUGUCAACAGUUUAUAAAAACUAUUUUACUGAAUUUUAAUUUCAAAUUCAUCGUCAAAAUGUUUUCUGUUUAAAUUAAUGACAUCACAACACAAUAUAAUCAUCAGCUCAUCACCAGGUCCAAUACUGUGGGUACCAAUUUUCGUGGAUUGAGGAAAAAUUGUUUUGUGUGGAUUCUUGGUUUUCAGGGUUUUGUUAAAUUCUACAUACAAGCCUAAUAAACAUUAAUGUACAUGUACUUGUUUAACACUUCAAUUUCUGGUUUACCUAUACAAAUAAAAUCCAUGAAAAUUGGUACUUCACGAUUGAUAUAGACAAUAAUAGUGUCUUGACUUGACAUAUCAACGAUAUAAGGAUGAGAACUUAGAAACGGGGAAAUGCGAGGCUCUGCCGAGCUUUUUCUCAGUUGCGGGCUGAAUCCUUAUAUCGCUGAUAUGUCAAGUCAAUACACUAUUAUUGUCUUUAUACUGCAAUCUAGAAAAACACAUUUUCAAUUGUUGUUUAUUGUGUUAUUGUAAUAUUUUUGAUUUAAAUAUUGGAAAAAAUCCCCCUUUAAAUCAAGAUGUGCCUUUUCCAUUUUAAUACUGUACAUAAUAAAAACACCGAUAUGUGAUAUUAUUGAUCUUGUCAUUUUCUUCUAUACAUUUUGUAGUUUUAUUCAGGUAGCAUAUUUUUUAAACAGUGAACACUAAUUUAGGCUUAUUUUUACAAGUGCUUUUCAAUUGAUACAAAUUGUAUGCUUUCACGAAAAAAUAUUUUUAAAUCAUGAUUUUACUCAGUUCAUCUAAUUUGCUUGAAAUGCUGCUUAUAUAAUAAUUAAAGUGAACUUUUUUAACACAGAAUUAAGAGGAACAAAAUAUAUGUGUUUAUUGUUUAUUUCAAAAGAGUGACGACUAUGAAAUCUAAACUGAGAUAUCUACACAUUUGUCACCUUGUGCAAUGUUUGAAAUAGAAUUAAGUGCAAUUUUGAAAGCAGAAAUGGCGAUGCCUUAUUUAUGCAAAAAGUAUAUAAUUUUCUUGAUGUAUUGAAUGAAUUGGAAUUCUAUAAGAUUAAUGUUAUCUAUUUUAUAUAUUUAGUUUGGAGUAUUUAUGUUUUCAUGUACCAGCAAAAAGAUGUUGUAUACAUUUUAAUAAAAAUUCUCAAAAUGA